AUGCAGAGGCGCACCCUGCGGCAGCUGGGAGCCGCGGCCGACCUGCUGCCCUCCCAGCUAUCCAGACCGGAGGCUCUCAACCUUUUCCGCACAGUGCUCCUUGCUGUUCAGUCUUUGCUGAUCAUGCAAUAUGGGCCGGCUUCGGCUCAAGCAGACUCUCCUCGCAGCCCGCCCAGCACAGGACGUCGUGGUCAAAGACCGGAAGAGGCCGAGGCUGCAGGCAGCCAUGGGCAGCCCACACCGACCAUGAUGGCAACCUCCAGAGCAGAGGACAUUUCAGAGCCUGGACUGGCUCUCUUUGGACCUGUUCAUCCUGUCCUUGCUGCCUUGACCCCGGCCGUUCAGGACCGGCUCUUCGCCUGCAGCUCCGGGCUCUCACGGAAACAUCUCGAGGCUCAGACAGAGCAGCUGCGCGGCUUGUGCGAGCAGCUCGCGGCCUCAACACGCGAGGAGCAGUUCGUAGUGCAAGAGUUGGAGAAUGAAGCCGGCACAAGAGCUGCCGCGCAUGGAGCGCAUGGUGCUCAUUCACAAAGCUUGAAUGCUGACCAGGCGCUUCAGAACCUUUGCCUAAAGCUGCAAGCGCAGCAGCACGAUCUGCGAUGCCAUGAGGAAAUCAAAGAUGAGCAGCACCGCGAGAUUGAGGCCCUUGUCUCCCGAAGAGAUCUCGAAGAAGCCGAGGCAGACGAGGCGUGUCGUCAGGCCACCGACCUCAACGUGGACAUCCGAAGCUGCCGGAGGACUUGUGGUAGCCUGGAGAGUGAGAUUGAGUCGGAGGAGGCUCGAGCAGCGGCACUUCGCGAGGCUUUUGAGGGCAGACGCUCUCGCUUUGCCACCGCGGAAGCAGCUGCCAGGAAUGCCGAGAUCAGCACCAUGAGGGCGACGAGGCGCCGAAUCGCCGCAGAAGUUGCGGCCCGUCGCGAAGCCGAAGCAGUCGUAGAGGCCGAGCAGCUUCGCGAGGAGCAGCUCUCCAAGACCGCCUUUCACUGCGAGGCGAUAAGUUCCGAGAUCGCUGAAGCUCGGGCAUAUGCAGUACUGCAGGGAGUCUCGGAGGGACCAAGUCGACGCAUUGUGGACCCAGCAAUUCUCAAGGCAGAGCUUGGAACAAGCCUGCGGCGCGAAAUCGAUGAGGCUGAACGUGCUAACCGUGCGGAGGUCGCCGAAGUUGAGCAGUUCCAUCGAGAAGCUUCAGAACUUGAGGCCAAGCUGGACUCCUUGAAUCAACACGUCGCCACACGUGAAAGCGAGCUGCAUGCCAUGCAGCGACGGCUUCUCAGAGAAAGGUCUGUUGAUGCUAGGACACCGACGCGAGGCGAGGUGGUCACACCUUCGGAGGACCAGAAGUCGGCGUCAGCGGCAGUUCUGGAGGCCAUGGAGAGACGGGUGGCAGAAGGCCGGCAGCGUGAACAGGCCCUGCGCGAUGAGCUGAGUCAAGUCCUUGCAUGCAGGUCACUGAGCAGUGCCCGGGCUGCCAACGAAUACAAGGACUUGAAAGACUCCUGUGGUGCUGCCUGGGGCCGUGCACGAGAACUUGCUUCCGAAUUGGGAGAGGCUCAUGCAGCCAUCGCAAGAAGACGUGCACAGGAGCAGCCUGGUGUGGUGGCAGUGUUGAAAUCUGAGCUGCAGGAGGCGGAAGCACAGGAAGCACGCGGCAUGGAAGAACUGGCGCAAGUGCGUAGCAAAAGUGCAGAAGACCUGGCCGAGCAUGCCAAGCUCUGCCAGAUGCUUGCAGCUCUGCAAAACGGGUCUGAGGUGCAACAAACGAGCGAGCCAGAGGCAGCCUCAGAGCAGAGCUGGUUGCCGAGUUUCCUUCCAAGCUGGCUCACUGGAGCAACUGCGCUUGAACAAGGUGCCACUGUCACCGCUCCGUAG